GAUAAAAGCCGAUUCUCCUUUUUAUUGUGACUUGUUGGAAUUGGUUGACAUGGUAUGAUACAUGCUUAGUUCCAGUUAAUCGCUUCUAUUUCUGUAAUAUGUAUUACAAAACGAUGUGUAUUACUUGAAACAUGACGUAAUGGUUGCUAUACUUUUGUUGUUUAAUUGUUUGCCUUUUUGAGUGGAGCUUGUCCUUCGUCAGCUUGGUGUUCUUUGGUUCUCUACCCCCACCCCCGUCCAGCCCACCCUCCGCCCCCCUUCUCCCUGACCAGGUGGCCUCGGUUGCAUGUUGGGACAUGCAUGUCGCCCUGCAAUAGCAACCCCCAAGGGACUGCAACAGGCGACUCAGCUGCUGCUACGACAUUACUCUUUUCUUCUGAGAAUCAUUGUCCGCCUUCUAGAGCUACAGCAAAUAUGUUCCUAGAUUGUGUGUGUGUGUAAAACAUUAAUAUGUCAUAUGCUGCCCCUAGCAAUACAACAGAUGGCUGCAGCCAUGUCUCCAGAUGCUCAGUCCACGCCCACACCUUAAGCAAUGGUUAAAUAAGUGUGACUAAGAGGCAUGUCGAUAACCAUUGAACCUCCGACAAAAACUAUCGCACUGAAAUAACACCGCUUUGGCGCUUAUGCCAAUGUAUUGCAGCUUCAGCAUUAAUUCUGGUGAUUAAAAAGGGAACUGGAAAAGGGAAUAAUAUUUAAACGUAGCAUACGAAACAUAAGAUUUACGUUUUAUAGCAGCUAUGUGUGCUAAAGAAAUUACAUGCACUAUUAUCUGAUAAGAUUGCAUAAAUCAUUAGAAUUAAAAGUGAUACAACGUGAAUAUUUCAGUAUUAUAUGAUUUAACAAUAAUAAUAUCAAUUUAAAGUUGGGAAUAUGAUAGCAUGAAUAUUAAACUAUGCUGCAGAAGACGUAUGCGCGUAUUUUUUUUUAUCUAAGUCAUGAAGUAAGGGUACAUUUUUAAUAUUGGUGAAUGGGAGAUAUUUUUGCCUUCUUUUGUAUUUCAUGCCCCAUCUAGUGGUUUGAUUUAGAAAAUCGAGUUUGUACAUUGCCUCGUUUGUCCUCCUUGAGUUUCCGUACCCACUAGCAAUCACGUUCAACAUGGCGGUGACUACGAGGGUGCUGUGUUCUGCAUAUCUUUUGUUUUUUCCCCUAGCUUUCCGAUUGUCGCCACGCUUUUUCUCACUGACUGCUGGGACGCCGGCGGGGAGCAAAUGGAGAUUGGAACAUGGUUUAGCUCGCUCUGGAUCAGAAUAUGGCCCUCUCACCGAUUUACCUGACUGGUCCUAUGCUGAUGGUCGCCCUGCUCCUGCGAUGAAGGGCCAGGUGCGGAGGCAGAGGGAAAGGGCGGAGUUCGCGAAACGGGUCGUGGACCUCAGUGAAGAGAUGGACAGGGGGAUGCAGCGAUGGAAGCAGGAAAAGGAAGACGCUCAAGCUAUGGAGGAGAAGAAGAAGUCAUUACGUCUGAAACCUAAAGGCAGACUCCUUCUGGAAACAAAAAAGUCAAGGGACGCUUUGUAAAUACCGUGAAAGGAUCCAGUUUGCUUCUACUGGUUCUUCCUCCACAUUUAUAUGUAACACCUUCAGUAGCAAAAUCGCCUCAUCCAUGGGUUGCGGGUGCCGGUCAUUUUUUUUUUCUGGGCUUUUCAUUCUUUGUGUCUUUGUCAUUGUACCUUGUAAAACUUUAGAAUCUUUAAAAUGGGGCUGGUCACCUUAGUUCUUUGAAAUUCAGAGGCAUUUAUACCACAGAAAGGUGUUGCUACACCUGGUGCUGAGCCACAUUUAUAUAUAUAAAAAGUUAAACCAUCUCUAAGACUGUACAUUCAUCUAUGGAUCAAAUUCUUUUUUGCUGUUGGGUUUAUAGACUAUAUUACUGUGUAAAGAGUAACUGUUAUAUAAUAAUUAAUGCUUUUUAUUGAUCCCUGUGGGGAAAUGCUCUUCAUGCCUCCCCCAUCUUGCUCUCUGUAGGUGUCAGCAAGCUGGUUGUGAAGGGCAGCCAGCCAUAGCAACACCCAGGGUGCUGAAGGUUAAGGGUCUUGCUCAAGGACCCACAGAUGUGCCAAGGCUGGGCUUGAGCUAGCGAUCUUCUAAUAAAAGCUAUGGCGGUUUAGCCCACUGAGCCACACCCUGCUCCAAAUGAUGUGAUAACCUUGUAUUUCUAAAGGAAGGAUUUUUGGAUAAUUAGGUCGGUCUGUGAACAGUAUCAUAAUUAGUGCAUUGUAAUUUCCAGGAUUUCCCCUUUGGGUCGAUAAAGUGCAUCUUAAUCAUGCAACAGUACAAUAUGGCAGGUUGCUGUAAAUUGUUGGAAUGCAAUAACAAACUAUGUCCACCAGGUGGCAGUAACGCAAAACAGUUCAUUUUAGCGGUCAGCCACCAUUUUGUAGCCCGCUCAAUGUGAGUCGUGCAGAAAAGUUUAAACUCAGAAUGAUACCUGAUUUGUGAGUUCUCUAAGAUACUGUGUUGCUGAAAAACAGAAGUCAGUGUGCAUUGAGAGUUGAACUAACCCUCUUUCUGUGUUGUGUUAAAGGCCAGUAUUCCUUUUGCAAGCCAUUUUUUGAUAGUUUCUGUUAAAAAUAAGGCAAUGCUCUUGGAAAUCAAAGCUAAAGUAGCUAGUUCAUCUUCGCCUGCUGAUGUUUCUCUCUGAUUCAUAUCGGGAGUCACUGGAGAGUUAAUGGCUGUGCAGAUGACCAGGGUAUUCCCAGAGUCGGCCAUGUAGCUUUGUGAAAUAUUGUCCAUGUAAGAAUUUAGUCAGAGCAUUGAUAGACUUGCAGUUAAACAUUGAUUCACACACAAAAUUAAAAAUACAUUUUUGUAUGUUUCUGCUAUUUGCAAUAAGAGCCAUUUGGGGCUUUCCCGACUCAGCAUAAA